ACAUGCUCGUCAUCCUGGUGUGGCGCGGAUGAAAGGCUUAUCCAGAAUGAUAGUCUGGUGGCCAGGACUGGAUGGGGACAUCGAACGCAAGGUCCAAGGUUGUUCUAGUUGUCAAGAAACAAGGAAUGCACCACCAAAGCUCCAUUGCAUGACUGGUCUUGGCCUCAUUAGCUGUGGAUGAGGGUGCACGUGGACUACGUUGGACCCUUGCUAGGGAAAAUGUUUCUUGUACUCAUUGACGCACACUCGAAGUGGAUGGAAGUAGAACCUGUAGAAUCAGCGACGACGAAAACUACGGUAGAAAAAUUAAGAAAAAUUUUCUCAACUCAUGGAAUUCCUGAAAAACUGGUAUCAGGCAAUGGAUCAGUAUUCAUCAGUCAAGAGUUUACCGAUUUUGUAAAAUCGAAUAGAAUAGACCACAUUAAAACAGCACCGUAUCAUCCGUCAAGUAAUGGGCUGGGGGAAAGAGCAGUACAGGUAUUGAAGAAAGGACUGUCCCUAGCAAAACAAGGAACCUUGUCAUAUCGCUUGACACAAGUGUUCAGCUACCGGAUUACACCGCAUUUCUCAACAGGAAUAUCACCUGUGGAAUUAUUAAUGGGUUGCAAAUUACGGUCACGGUUAGAUUUGUUACACCCCAACUUGGAGCAAACAGUACACAAAAAGCAAUGGCAACAGAAACAAUUCUACAAGGGUAACCGGAAUAGUAUGAUAGACCUUUACAACGGGGUGAGAGUCUACGUGCACAAUUACAACAGAGGUUGCCCUUGGGUAGCUGGUGUGGUUCAGUCCAAAACAGGCCCCCUAUCAUACAAUAUCAAACUGGAUGAUGGAAGGGUAGUCAAACGACAUUUAGAUCAGAUUCGGAAAACCUUACAAUCGGAAAGACAUGAAGGAGGUGAAGCAGAAGACUUACUGGCGGAACCAAUACAUCCAAAGGAUAAACCAUGUUCAAGAGCAAUGGUACCGGUAUCGCCGGGAAGACCCGAAGAGUGAGUUGUUGCACCAGGCUUACCAGAACAACAAGAUGGAGUUGACAAACAAUUGGAACAGGACGCGAUGGUAUCAUCGCCGGAGAUCAGCACAGGACCAGAAAACUUAGAGACACACGUGGAACCAACAACAGCAUCAAAGCUAGGUGCCAGCAAAGGAGUGACUCCAAUCCGCCGUUCCAGCAGAAGGAGAAAGGCACCUGACAGACUGAAUUUUUAGUAGAUUAGACUAUUGAGUUGUACGAUAUAUCUCUUAAUUGUUAAUAUCACUGACAUAGUCAGGGGAGAAGGAUGUAGUAUAUACAUCCGGGAAAUUGCGUUGUGUGAGUCCAGUCAUUUGAUCGGCAUUUAGGACUAGCCAGUCGUUCUUGAAAUAGAUCGCCUUGAGUAAACAGUAA